CUGGUGACUGUUGAUAGCAGCUGUUCGUCGUGUGUUGACAGUAGUUGAGAGAUUUGUCAAACUAUAGAAAAUAAUUCAAUAAUUUUGUAGUAUUUUCUGUAUUUUGAAAAAUUAGACAAUGACAAUUUUACCAGCCAAAAGACCUUCGGCGAAUCCGGAGGAGAAAAGCGACAAUAGUCAGCAAAAUGGGAAUUCCGAGCGAGCGGUGCGUAGGAGAGACGAUAUAAGUUCUCUGAAUGAGGCAAGCCCUUCAAGCCGCCGAUCUCAGUUCCCCUACGUCAAGUCAACAACUGAGCGGAAAGAGCGUUUGAGGAAGCGAUAUAAAGAGCCAGAUCGGGCGCGAGAUAGGGAACGCGAGCGCGAACAAAAACGGGAAGUUCGGAGGGAACAAAAACGGGAACGAGUUGCUAAACGCGAUAUCUCAAAUGAGCCUCUACAUGACAAUAAUGCGAGUAAUUCGGUUGUUGACUCAGUCGCUGUUGAGCCCACUUGCAACAACAACGAACCUGGGACUGCGAACAAGGAAGACUACACGGGCUUCAACAGCGAGGAUGAGUACGAUGACCAGGGACUCCUCAAAGAGCGGAACAUACCGGAUGAAGAGUGGCAAAAAAGGGACGUGUUAUUUUCCCGCGGCAUGUCCAACCUUGGGUUCGAAAUCAAGCAAAUGAACGAAGAUGGGGCCUGUCUCUUCCGGUCGAUAGCAGACCAAGUGUACGGCGACCAAGAAUUCCAUUAUCAAGUCAGGCAGGACUGCAUGAACUACAUCGUUCAAAACCGUGACUACUUUGAACCUUACGUGACGGAGGAUUUUGAUAAAUACGUUGCACGGAAACGUAUAUGGAACGUACAUGGCAACCAUUUAGAAAUACAAGCAAUGAGCGAGUUAUAUAAUAGGACAAUCGAAGUUUAUUGCUACCAAAUAACACCAAUCAAUAUAUUCAAUGGUUCAAGAUUAAUUAACUCAUAUGAGCCUAUUAGAUUAUCAUACCACAGGAUGUGUCAUUAUAAUUCUAUUAGUAACCCAAAUAAACCUUCAGUAGGGGUAGGCUUAGGUUUACCCAAUUACCAUACCGUUGAUAUUGACAGAAGAAGGUUCAAUGACGCUCUGCGGGCUAGUGAUGAGUUGCUAAUUGAACAGACUAUGCUAGAAGACAAGUUGAAAGCAACCGACUUUGAAGCCACCAACGAAGCCAUCGAAGAACAGGUAGCUCGCGAGUCCUACAUCCAAUAUUUUCGCGACUCAGAACGCCGUUUGAAGAACCAAGGACACUCCUGUGGUAGCAGUUCAACGAUAACAUCAGCAACCAUGUCCAGCUCGCGCUCGUCGAGGAAAGGCUCGGUCUCCCCGAAGGGAUCGCAGUCCCCCAAAGGGUCCAACUCGCCAAAGACAACACCACUAGCGAGCCCCCGAGGCGCUGGGGCGCCGUCCCCAUCGACUAGCCGCUAUGAGGCCGACGUCAGCGGGGGCGAUGUGGCGGGAGCCUGCGGUGGACCACCGGAGGAAUUUCCGAAAUUUUCGCCGCGCCGUUCUGAGCCCCCGGCCGAGGAUGUUAAUAACCCGGACUAUGAUGAAAAUUUCAACGAGGACUUUAAAUUUGAUUUUGAUUCCGAUUCGGAUCAGUCGGCUGGGGCCGGGCCAUCAAACCGCGGUGAUAUAGAUUACGACAAUUAUGACCAGGAAAUCAUGGCCCAAGUGCUGGCCGAGUCGCGCAAAACUUACUUAGCUGAACUUAAGCAGCGAUCCAAGAAGCGUCAUGGAUCUCCGGGACCAUCCACUUCAUCCUAGUUUAAAUACUAAAUUAAUUGAGUUACAUGUUCGUGCUUUCGUUUCAUUUUUAGUUAAUUAAGGUUCAUUGUUUGCUUUUCAAGGUAUGCAAUUGCUUUGUUUUGUUAUAUAAAAUGCAUAUCUUGUAAAAUUGUAUUGGCAUGUUAUAAUCGUUUUUUAGUUAAAACGACCUUCCUCCACCCAGAAGAUUAGUUUCGUUUUUUUGGAGAAAGAGCUUUCGUUUCUAGUACCGUAGUUUCGAUUUUGCAUGGAUUGUGGGGGGGUCGUUUGUAAAAAAAAAUUCAAAAUGUUAUAUUUUGAGACACUGUUUCACGGAUGUAAGUUUCGCCCUCUAAAUUUCAGUGUCAAAAAGUAUUUUAUUUAUGUUUUCAGAUAUCUAUAAGUAUAUGUACUUAUGAGUUCCAAUGUAUUUCAGUUUCGUUCAAAUAAAAUUGUUGUGAUA